CAGGGUGCAGCCAUGGCCGCGCAACAACAGAAACCAGAGACGUUCAUGUUGAGCACCGAGGCUCAGCAGUCACUUCCUCACGAUGCUCAGGUAGCUCUGCAGCAGGUUGACAAUCUCAAGUAUUUCCUCAUCUCGGCGCCAGUUGACUGGGCGCCUGAUCAGUACAUUCGACGCUUUCUUCUUCCCACCGGCGAGUACGUUUCUUGCGUGCUAUGGAACAACCUGUACCACAUUUCCGGCACCGACAUCGUAAGAUGUCUCUCGUUCCGGUUUCAAGCCUUCGGCCGCCCCGUCAAGAACUCGAAAAAGUUUGAGGAAGGCAUCUUCUCGGAUUUACGGAAUCUCAAGUCGGGGACCGAUGCGUCGCUCGAGGAGCCCAAGAGUCCAUUUCUCGACUUUCUCUACAAGAACAACUGCAUUCGGACGCAGAAGAAGCAGAAAGUCUUCUACUGGUACAGCGUACCACACGACAGGCUCUUCCUUGACGCACUCGAGAGAGAUCUGAAGCGGGAAAAGAUGGGCCAGGAACCGACAACAGUCGCCGUCAGCGAGCCGGCCCUGUCGUUCCAGUACGAUUCGUCGCAGUCGCUGUACGAGCAGCUCACGAAGGCCCAGCAGGCCAACGCAUCGGCUUUCAACGCCCAGCAGGUUUCUUUCUCCCAGCCCCAGGCCCCAUCUCCGGUGAUGCCGGCGAUGGACUCGAUGCCUCCACCGCAGAUGAUGAUCCCCCAGACGAUGCCCCCUUUAGCGGACGGGAUGGACGCCAUGGCCCACUACAACGGGACGAUGGCGGUGGCCCCGGCCAUCCCCGCUUCUCAAGCAGUGGUCAAGCGGGAGCCUGACUACGCGCGCGUGCAGUACAACCAGAAUGGUGUUCCGAUCGCUCCGACGCACCAGCGUCACACGUCCAUGCCGGCUUUCGCCCUGGAGUACUCACCCGCACCCUCGUUCGUCUCGUCCCAUUACGAGGAGUACAGCCAAAGGGGCAUCUCGUUCGAGCCCUUGACACCUCCCCAACAAACCCUCGCGAUGACGGGCGAGCCCGCUUACAUCGCUAACGAGGAGACGGGCUUGUACAGCGCCAUCCCAGACCUCAACCCCGUCGGCGCUCUCAAUGGCAUGAUGCAACUCCCGCCGUCGAAUCUGGCUGGGCCUUCGUUCCCCCGGGCGUACGGCUCUAACAAUGUCUACUCUGUGAUCGAAGGGUCGCCAACAUACAAGCAGAGGAGACGGCGGUCCUCCAUCCCUCCAUCGCUGUCGGCCACGACAGCAGCGAUUGCCGCAGCUACUUCAGCGACGCACCGGCCCUCAGACCUUCGCAGGUCAGUUUCCGCGUCGGUAGGCCCGGUUGCCGAGGGCGAGGAGUCGGCCGAGCCGUCGCCGCCAGGCCUCACAUACAGCAACACGGGCACGUCGAUGGGCAGCCAGCAGCACAAGGAGGUCUUGGAUAUGUCCCGCCACGGCACGCCGCUGUCAACUGUGGAAGGCAGUCCUGCGCUCAACCCCAUGGCGCUGCAGCAACACGAGUACUCUCCGCUCCCUGGCGACGAGUUGGCCGAGCAACGGUCGAUGAUGCACGGGCCCCACGUCGUGCGCAAAGCUCGUUCUGCCUCCGUCAUGGAGCUCGGUCCAUAUCCUCAAAAGUCCCACUCCUGCCCCAUCCCAUCGUGCGGCCGCAUGUUCAAGCGGCUCGAGCACCUGAAGCGACAUGUGAGAACACACACCCAGGAGAGACCCUACACCUGCCCUUAUUGUAAUAAGGGGUUCUCCAGAUCAGACAACCUCGCACAGCAUAAGCGCACCCACGACCGCAAUGACGGGGCCGAGGGUAACUUCAACUCGGGCGAGGAGGAGGAGCAGUACUCGGGUGAGGACAACUCCCUUGGAGACGCCUCUCCGACAUCCGAAAACGGUUAUGUUGCCGGGUCGCUUGAUGCGGCCGUCAACGGCAAUAGCAACGCUUCUGCUGCCAACGGCAUGUCGUCCACCGUCCCGACGAGUCUCGCCCACACGCAGACGUUCAACAGCCUCCAGACGCUGAGCAUGCCGAUGACGAUUAGCCAACCUCACGCCAUCAACACUGGCGGUGUGGCGUAAAAUUCCAGUCACAGCCGAAAGGAGACGCGUCCAUCUGCUCAGACCGCCCCAGGGCUCGAGUGGCUUUUAAUCAUCGUUUUGCCCCGCCAUCCUGGACUGGGCCUUUCUUUCUGUUCUGUUUUCCUCUUUUUUUGAAAGUUGUGACGUCCGAAAAACAGCACGCUUGGAGCGGCAGCCGUGGCAUUUGUGGUGUUUUCACUAUUAGCAGCUGGGUGUUUUUCUUCAUGGCGUGGAGAAACAGCCGCUUGCUGGUCAGCAUUUUCGCAGUGUGGAAAAGAGGAUGGCGAAUAGAGGCGGGGCGCCGUGGGAGGCUCCUUGCACAAUGGGGAAGGGAAGGACUGUCUCACUUCUAGAGUUUCCGUCGUGCUUGUCAUGGAGGAAGCGUGGAUCGUGGUAGAUCAACAGGAUGGGCUCUAUGAGCAGUUGCUGUAUAUAUAGGCCUUCUUUUUUCGAUUUUUCUUUUUCUAUGUCCUUUUGGGGAUGUUUUCUGAUAGGUGCACGAUAGCUCCGUCGGCGUGCCGCCGGGCCGGAGACGUAAGAUACCAAGGUGGUCGGGCGAAUUGACGCUUUUGAGCCAAUGU